CAUCCUGGCUCGUCAUAUGAUUUCUCCUAAGGGAUAACUGCUGAGCGGGACCGUGUCUCCAAGCUGAUCCUUUGCUGAUAAGACGGCUGCCAAGCCUCCAGUGCUGAGACAAAAGAGUUUUUCUCGUCCCAGCAGGUUUUUCUGCUGUGGAUGACAGAGAAAGGGGGAAAAGUGAGCUGCCUGGCACUGUUCGUGGGCAAGAGGCUUUGGGGGCUCCUUCUCCCCCGCUGUGCUGGCAGACCAUGGAGCUUUUCAGGCUGAGCCUGGGCUGUAUUUGUCUUCUUCCUUGGCUUGAGGUAGCAGAGGGACAAGGCUUCCUCAUACGGAACACCCGCCUGGAAAAGUGCAUUCGUGUCUCCCUCCACAACACCAACAGCAUCAGCCUGACCAGCUGCAAGGCACAUUCCCAGCAGCAGCAGUGGAGCUGGGACCCCGACAGCAGGACCAUUGUCAGCCUCCAAACGAAGCAGUGCUUGUCGGCCCACAAGGCGCGGGAGAACGCUCUGGUCAAGCUGGAGCCCUGCGGAGACUGGGAACGCCAGGCAUGGUCCUGCAGCAAGAAGGGGCACUUGACUCUGCAGAGUCUGGGCUUCCACCUCAGCACCCAGGAAGGAGGCCACAAGGUCUUUGUCUCAAGGGAGAAGGACAAACUCAGCAGGUGGAAGACUUUAGCAGAUGAAACCAUCUGUGCUGCUGCCCGGACAGCAGCUCGGAGGCCCAGCAAGCCAACACAACAAGAUGUAGACACACGUGUGUGGAUCUAUGAAACUAAAACCAUCGAUUCAUCAAAGAUCGAUGCCGUGGACAGAGAGUCUCCUGUGAUCUUGACUGACCCACCUCUGGCUAACAAAUGGAACAGCACAGUGUCUCCAGUGAGGACCAGACAGGCACAGCUCCCAGCAAAUGAGGAUGUAUCCCAGAAUCACUCUAAGAAGCACGGAAAUCGAGGGAAAAACACUGGGGCCAGGCUUGCAGGCACCAACUGGAAGACAGCCAUGCUGGUCCUCAGCCCCUUGGCAUUCAUACUGGGAUUAAUAAUACUGACACUCAAUGUUCACUACAACAAGAAGAAGAAAAUCCUCUCUGCCCUGAAGAGCUCUCCAGCCAACAGCAGCAGAGCUGACCUACGGGAGCCAACUCCCUUACGAAGGAGUCCCCAGCCAUACCUUCCACCAUCCCGCUCCCCUUCCCUGAGGCACGGAGAGAUCCUCAUCGAGUGGAAAGACGGGACAGUCACUCCUCUUUUUGACAAUGUCAGUUACCAAAUGGACUAGCUUCAAAGUAACAGAGCUGUUGCUGU